UGUUGUAAAACAUUUAGAUAACAUAAGUUAAAUUAUUUCAAGUCCAAGCUAUAUUUAUACAAAGAAAAAUAUGGAGGAAUUAAAAAAAAAACUGAUAGUGAAAGUAAUUAAUGGACGCGGGUUAAAAAAUAAGGAAACAUUCCAAACAAGUGACCCUUACUGUUUAGUUGAAGUUGGUUCACAAAAGCAAAAGACAAAACACGUAAGCAGUAACUUAAACCCAGAUUGGGGUGAUGAAUUCGUGUUUGACUUGACUGAAGACGAAGUAAAAGUACUUUCUGUAUCUGUAUGGGACAAAAACACAUUGAAAAAAGAUGUAUUCAUGGGCUACACUUUUGUUACAUUUGAUGAUUGCAAGUCAAUGGUAGAAACUGUCAAGACUGUCAAUAUGAUGGGUGGUUUAACAGGCCAAAUUACUGUGUCUCUCAAGCCAGAAUUUGAAACAAGUGCAUCAAAAAUUGAGCGGCUUGACAAACAAAUUAUUGAGAUAAAAAUCAGUCGUGAUCAAAGUGAGAACAAAAAUUUCGAAAAAGAACUACAAAAUCUUAAUGAAAAACUUGCACACCUUUCAUCUGAAAAUGCCGAGUUAAUAAAUCAAAACAAAGUCUUGUUAGAAAAAUGCAAAGAAUUUGAAAAGACAAACGUUCAAUCAAGUGAGUUGGAGAAGUUAACAAUCGAAUGUCAGUCUCUCAGAGAGCAAUGCACAAAUCAGGCUUCAGAAAAUUCUCAUCUCAAUACUACAAUAGUUGAACUAAAGGGACAAAUACAUAACUUUAGAAAUAUUUUUGAACAGUUACUUAUUGAAAAUCAAAAAUUAAUUAGAAUUAGAGACGGUUUAAAUAACUUAUGGGUUUAAGGUUAUGCUAGGUUAAAAUAACUUAUAUGUUAUAAUUAUUAAUUGAAAACUAGUUAAAAUUUAGAAAAAAAUUUGUAA